GCAUUGAGCUUACCCGCCGUUACAGAUCCCAGUAAGAAGCCUGCUACUGCCUGACCAAGUGCACCGGGGUCUGCUGACAGACAGGACCCUUGAAAACCAGCUUUCAGAUCCGUCUUUUCUCCAAGGCAUACCAAUACGAACAGGAGGAUAAGAAGGCAAACGAGAGAAGAUCUGCUUCGAAGAAAGAAGAUGGACGACAUGUCGCCCAGGCUGAGAGCCUUUCUCUCUGAACCCAUUGGGGAAAAGGAUGUGGCCUGGGUGGAUGGCAUCAGCCGUGAACUUGCCAUCAAUUUGGUCACCAAAGGUUUCAACAAGGCCUAUGUCCUGCUGGGACAGUUUCUUCUGAUGCACAAGAAUGAAGCAGAGUUCCAGAGGUGGAUCAUCUGCUGCUGUGGAGCUACGGAGUGUGAGGCCCGCCAGAGCUCCACCUGCCUGAAGGAGUGGUGCUCCUGUUUCCUAUAGAUAUCUCUGGCCUGGCAGCUCUACCUCAGAUAAAGGCUACCCAUGCUACCUACAGACAACCUCC